AUGGGUUAUACGUUCUUCUGUGCUGCCCAGUCUGCACAUGCAACUCAGGUUUACAUCACAGAAGUCAGAGAUGUCAGCGGAAUAUUCAAGGAGUCGAUGGAAGCCAACGGCCAUCUUGGAUUUUCCCGCCACAAGAGCAAUUUGUAUUUUUCUGGGGGUGGAGGAGUGCUGAGUGCUGAGGUGAAGGGAUGUGUUCUCCCCUCCCCACUGAAGCAUGGUCAAUACAUGCCCAGCUCCAGGAGAUGUCCCGUGGGGGAAUCCUCCGACUACUGCAGGAUGGUGCCCGGUUCCUGGGUCCCGGAGAACUAUCCGCUGUACUACAGCUGUGACCCGGGCUACAACUUGCUUACGGCCCAGGGGGAGAUCACCCUAGAGAAAACGGCCUCAGUCUGCAGAAGUGGACAGUGGUUACCUACGUUGCCUUCCUGUGUAGAAACUCACUACAAAUCUCUAAACCUGCCUCAUUUUCAAUCUUCAAGCAGCUACUGUGGUAAAACAGCUCAACAUUCAAGAAUAAAGAGGAAAGUUGAUGGGACCGUGUCAAGAAAAGGGGCUUGGCCGUGGAUGGUUAUACUAGGCAUGCGUAAGAACAACACCCAGCAUGGUGAGUUCCACUGGUUCUGUGCCGGGACUCUAGUAACGACCCGUCAUAUACUCACUGCAGCUCACUGUGUGGCUGACUAUCGCAGGAGGAACUUGUUUUUUGCCAGAUUCAAUGAUAUUGAUCUAGACAAUAAAUCCGAUGAUAAAGGAGCAAUUGAUAUCGUUAUACAAAAAAAUACAAUUGCUAUUCAUCCUGGAUUCAAGAAAGAACAAAAAUUCUCUCAUAAUCUUGCAAUUAUCAAGAUGAAUUCAAGCAUAUCAGUUUCAGAAUAUAUAAGACCAAUAUGUCUUCCAACUCCAGAUUUUACAAGGAAGUCGUUUGAUGAUGCCACCGCUUACUUCGCCAGCUGGGGACAGACGGACAAUGACCGCGAGCUGAGUCGUAAACGCCAUCAUCAGCUGAUCCUGCAUGAACUACAAGCCACUGUUGUCAACCACGCAGAAUGUAACUACAACUACAGAAACUAUCAGUCAGACGAAUUCAUCAUUGUUGGAUGGGAUUUAAUCUGUGCUUCUGUUCCAGUCAACAAAAGCUGUCAGGGUGAUGCUGGCAGCCCUCUGAUGCUCAAGAUUAAGGACACCUAUGUCUUGAUAGGAGUGGUAGCUACGCACGGGUGUUAUAAUGAAGUAUUCCCACGGUUGUUUACAAGACUGUCAAUAUACAUGGACUGGAUUAUUUCUAAUUUAAAAUUUUAAAAAUAUUGAAUUUAUUGUG